CCAUUGCUGGAGAGCUUUAGGUUUUAGAAGAUGGGGUCUUUUAGCCUGUUGCUCUUAGGCAAUAUUCUAACCCUAUGGCUUUCUACUGCCAAAGGACAAGUGAAACCCUGUGAUUUUCCACAAAUAAAAAAUGGAAGUCUAUACAAUCAAAAGAACCACAGACUCUACUUCCCAGCACCCAUAGGAAAGCAAUUCAUCUAUUACUGCAAUGUAGGAUUUUUGACUCCUACGGAGAAAGACUGGGACUACAUUCGCUGCACCGCACACGGGUGGGAGCCUGCAGUCCCGUGCCUCAGGCAAUGCGAUUUCCAUGUAAAGAAUGGAGAAUUUUUACAACAGAGAGAAAACUAUAUACAAGACCAGUCUGUAAGAAUCCAGUGUUACCCUGGCUACGGUCUUCCAAAUGGUCAGGAUACAGUUACAUGUACAGAGAAUGGCUGGUCUCCUCAACCCGAAUGCAUCCGUGCCAAGACAUGUUCAAAAUCAGAUAUAGAAAUUGAGAACGGGUUUCUUUCUGAAUCUGAUCUUACAUAUGCUCUAAAUAAAACAACACUGUAUAGGUGCAAAGAGGGAUAUGUAACACCGAAUGGAGAAACAUCAGGAACAAUUACCUGCCUCCAAAGCGGAUGGUCAUCUCAACCCUCGUGCAUCAAGUCUUGUGACAGGCCUGUGCUUGAUAAUGCUGGAACUGAAAAUAACAGCACAUGGUUUAAGCUCAACGACAAAUUAGACUAUGAAUGCCACGUUGGAUACGAAAACAUACAUAAAGAUACCAAGGGCUCCAUAACAUGUAAUUAUGAUGGAUGGUCUGAUAAACCCACAUGUUAUGAAAGAGAAUGCAGCAUUCCAUUACUAGGAGAGAACUUAAUUGUCAAUCCCAAGAAAGAAAAAUAUAAAGUUGGAGAUUUUUUGAGAUUUUCUUGCCGACCAGGACACAGAGUUGGACCAGAUUCAGCUCAAUGCUACGACUUUGGAUGGUCCCCACGUUUCCCAACAUGUAAAGGUCAAGUGAGAUCAUGUGAUCAGCCUCCUGAACUCCUCAAUGGGGAAGUUAAGGGGACAAAGAAAGAAGAAUACGGCCAUGGUGACAUGGUGGAGUAUGAUUGCAAGCCUAGAUUUCUACUGAAGGGACCCAAUAGAGUCCAGUGUGUUGAUGGAAAGUGGACAACCUUGCCAAUAUGUGUUGAGGAGAAAAGAACAUGUGGAGAUAUUCCUGAACUUGAGCAUGGAUAUGGCCAGUAUUCUUUCCCUCCCUAUGACCAUGGGGAUUCUGUGGAGUUCACCUGCAUGGAAAACUUCACAAUGAUUGGACAUGGGUCAGUGUCAUGCAUUGGUGGAAAGUGGACCCAGCUUCCUCAGUGUGUUGUAACAGAUCAAGUGGAGAAGUGCAAAAUGUCAAGAUUAACUGCAAUGGAGGUGAUACUCCCCAAAAAGAGUGAAUUUAAUCAUAACUUUAGAAUGAGUUACAAAUGUAGAGGGAAGCGGGAGUAUGAACACUCAGUCUGCAUUAAUGGAAGAUGGGAGCCUGAGCCAACUUGUACAAGUAAGCUCUUUAAAGGAUCCUGCCCUCCUCCUCCGCAAAUUCCAAAUGCCCAAGUGAUGGAAACCACAGUGAAAUAUGGGAAUGGAGAAAAAGUGUCUGUUCUUUGUCAGGACAAUUACCUAAUACAGGACACAGAAGAAAUGGUGUGCAGAGAUGGAAGGUGGCAGUCAUUGCCACGCUGCGUUGCAAAAAUCCCAUGUUCUGAGCCUCCUGAAAUAGACCACGGAUCUGUUAUAUUACCAAGAUCAUCAGAAGGAACGAGAUACCCACUUGAGCCCCGAAGUUAUGAACACGGCACUAUACUCAGCUAUGGUUGUGAUGAUGGCUUUAGGAUGGCUGAGGAUCAUGGGGUAACCUGCCACAUGGGAAAGUGGAGUUCUCCACCUCAUUGCGUCGGACUUCCCUGUGGGCCUCCACCUUCAAUCCAUCAUGGGAUUGUGUCUCAUGAGCUAGAUAGUUACCAAUAUGGUGAAGAGGUGACAUACAGCUGUUCUGAAGGUUUUGGAAUUUCUGGACAUGCAUUUAUGAAAUGUGUAGGAGGAACUUGGUCCCAGCCACCAGCUUGCAUAAGAACUGAUUGUGACAGUUUACCCAGGUUUGAAAAUGCCAUACUCACAGAAGAGAAGAAAGCUUCAUAUAGGUCAGGUGAACAAGUGACAUUCAAAUGUGCACCUUCUUAUCAAAUGAAUGGGUCCAACAUUGUGACGUGUGUCAAUCGCACGUGGAUUGGAGAGCUGGUAUGCAAAGAUUCAACUGGGAAAUGUGGGCCUCCUCCACCCAUUGACCAUGGAGACAUCACCUCCUUCCCUUUAUCAGUAUACGCACCCUUGUCUUCAGUUGAAUAUCAGUGCCAGUCCUUGUACCGACUGCAGGGCAACAAGGAAAUAACGUGUAGAAAUGGAGAGUGGUCUGAGCCACCAAAAUGUUUACAGGCAUGUGUAAUAUCAGAAGAUAUCAUGAAAAGACAUAACAUAAUGCUCAGAUGGAUAGAAAACCGAAAGGUUUAUAUCCAAUCAGGGGACUAUGUAGAAUUUACAUGUAUAUCUGGAUAUAAACCAACAAAUCCUUCACCUCCAUUCCGUACAAUGUGCAUUGAUGGUCACACCGAUUAUCCCAGUUGCUCAAAAAAACGUUAUUGGUAUGAAGGAUGAAUGGACAUUUGCUUA